AUGCAAAUACGCAUAAGCUGUUGGCAUCGUAUUUCGUCGAGACAACACUCCUGCCGUCCAUGUUACGAUAUCAUAUCAGGCAAGUUCACACUUUUCCAAGAGAUUGCAAAUGGCGAGGGCGAGCAAAAGCUGUGGGACUUCGAUAAGUCGUUCGAUUUGGCAGUUGAACCUUCUUAUUUCCAAAAAAGUGGGUUUGAGGCCUUGGAUUGUUUUUUCAGUCGUGGCUUCUCACCGAGAGAGCUGGUGCCGCUUGACUUCUGUCUUUGGAUUCACAGCAACGAAGUGAAUGUCAACGACUGGCUUCUGUGCGAAAAUCAUUUUUCAAUAGCAAUUUACAGCGUGAAUGUUGCAAACCGGAUUUCAGAAUGUGGACGAGCAUUUAUUGAGCAUCACUUGUGGACGGUUACUGGCAAUCUAAUAAUGACUGCUAGCUCAGAAGCAAUCAUCAAAGGCGUUUUUCUGGAGCGAAAGGCCAGCAUUGGCUAG